AAAGAAAAUGAAAGAAAAACGUACAGCACCGGGGAUUCGCUGGUCGUCACCGACCCAACUACUAAUCCGGCGGUUGGUAGCUUAUCUAGGGGAGAGCGGACGGGAUCCCGAGUUUUCUACCACCUAUGGCCGUACGUGACAGAAACAGUUGUAAGGAUGGGCUAUAAAGGACGACUGCGCCGCGGUGGUGGGUGUGCACAACAUAUGUAA